AUGGGGGACUUGCAAGGUAGCCAAAUGGCGUCGGGGAACCAAACCAUCACCGAGGCCAGCGCUGUCGUGAAGAGGCUCCAAACCCCGGAGGGCAUGCUCGCGCUAAUAGAGCUCUACGUAGGCUCAGUCGCCUUCCUGCUCCUCUUCCUUGUGGCUUUCGGUUCAUUGAGGCGUCGGAACAACAAUCCGAUGCUCAAUGUUGUCCUGUGGGCCGCGUACACUCUCUCGGGCUACUUGAUAACGUACACGCUCGGGCUAAUGCGCGAAUCCCCGUUCCACAACCCACUGUUCCCGCUGUGGGCGACUUUCUUGAUGAUCUUUCUUGGAAGCUCAAACUCUUUCUCUGCACAUAGUCUUGAGGACAACGAGCAGUGGAAGAAUUAUGCUUGUCAACACGUGGUCACGUUCAUAGGGUUACUAACAUUGUGGACACUCUAUCUGACCACCUUGCCGUCAAGGCUGGCGGUUUUCCUGCUCUAUUUCGUCAUCCUAGCGCUUAAGACCACAGAGAGAGCACUAUCGCUCGUGUCAGUAAGCGCAUUUGGCCGGGAUCGAAUGACAAAAUGGGUCGCGGAUCAUAUGUCAGUAAGCUCCAAGCAUCGUUGCCUGGAUCCCUGCGCCGAUCCCGAAACUAUGAAAGGGUACAAAUAUGUGGUGAAAGUGAGUCGGACCGUACUCGAGAAAGUCUUUGGUGAAGUCGCAGCACCAAAGGCAAAUUUUGAAACGGUCUCAGGAAAUUAUGAGGAGGAAGUCAUCACCAUAGAAAGGGUGUGGGAGUGCAAAGGGGCUCUUUUGAGCUCAAGCGGGGGAGACCGGGAUGGCAAGUUCAAGGAUAUUUGUCUCUCUUACGCGUUCUACCUGCUUCUCCGCACCAUGGUAACAGUUGUAUUCCUGAUGCCCAAAACCACAAAGCCCCAAGAUGUUGUUGUCCAAUUGGUGACAUCCAGUGGGUGGAGGGUCGACGUUCUCGUGACUGCGGUCGUUCUUAUGGUAUUCAUAUGUGUUGAGCUUGUUCAGCUCUUUCUGAUGGCUAUCUCCGACUGGGCGAAAGUUGAAUGGCUUUGCAACUACGUGCAAAAGCAGUCGUGGCAAGGGAGCAAGCGCAUCGAGAAGCUGAUAGGACUAAUAUGCGGAUUUCUCUACCAUUUCUGCAAAAUCAAUUUCGUCGAUGUCCAUGGGAGAGGUCAAAAACAAAGCGCUCCCGUUAGAUUGUCCGCUGAUGUGAAGAAGGCUGUGUUUGAUUCUCUGAUGAAGAGCAACAGGAAAUUGGCGAAUGGACAAACUUCUUUGAUGCUAAACAACAUGUCGGAUGAGCUAUCUUGGGCGUGUAGGCUCGAGACACAAACUGAAGUUAUAAUGGUUUGGCAUAUAGCUACGAGCUUUCUUGAGUAUAAGCGGCCGUUGAAUCACGAUCCAAACUUCAACAUAGCGACUAACUUGUCCAAAUAUCUUGCCUAUUUGGUGGCAUUCGCCCCGAGAUUGUUACCUGAUCACCUUUAUGACACGGAGAACAUCUUCAACCAAGUCAUCCUUGAAUCGCGGGAAGAGCUUAAGAUGUGCAAGACAUAUGGAGAAAGAAUCCACAGACUGAAGGACAUCGGGGAAAUACCAGAAGAUACGGAAACACCAGAAAAUAUGGUUAUACAUCGGGGCGCCCGGUUGGGGGUUCAAUUGCUGAAAGAGAACCAGCGGCGCAUUUGGAAGAUCCUGGCCGAGUUUUGGGCCGAACUAAUAUUGUAUGUGGCUCCAUCAGACAAAGCAAAAGCGCACGUCGAGCACUUAGCAAAGGGAGGGGAGUUUGUGACUCAUUUGUGGGCUUUGGUCUCUCAUGCCGGAAUAGAGCGAGAGCCUUCUAAUAAGUGGCAAACUCUCAGACGAAGCCAAAGCUGGCCCCAGCGAUGCAUAUGUGGUAUAGCUAGGGAAGCUCAUUCACGGCAGCUACCUUCUCCACCCUCGUUAGUCCCCCAUCUCUGUCCGCUCACACUAUUUGCUCAGUCAUCACAUGCUUGCGGCAACCAUGGCCAUGGCCAGUUAGAGCUUUGUGCUUGCUGCGGCCAGGAACUUGGAGAUUGA